GUCAGACACAUGCUGUGGUAGGGCUCCACUAGGGGGUUCUAGUGCAGAUAAUGUUUGCCUAAUUGAUGAACGGGUCAGACGUCGAUGAGGGAACAAUUGACGAUGCAAGACUGACACGUUCGAGAUCACGUAGGAUCCCGCACGUGUUUCAGACCCUACAACCUGGAGACGAAGGAUGGCUUCGUGCCAAACGCAGAGCCCGUGCACUAGCAGCAGCUAGGGAAACAGCGAACGCCGUACCUAGGGAACAGGCUGCAGCAGCAGCCAAGGCAGUAGCCAUGUCUUCUGCAGCAGCAUCCUCGGUUGCGUCCUCGUCUGGGACCAAUGGGACCAUGUUGGGAAUGCCCACAGGGUCCAUGGGUACUUCCAAUUCAGUAGGUUCUCGGCAGUCUACAAGUCAAAUGGCGGGCUCGCAGUUCAGCCCGUUGACCCCACGCGAAAGGGAGCUUAGAGAGCUCCAACAGGUCGAAAGGAUCCGUGAACGAUUAGAGAGGGAACCGAAGCAAGCAACUGAUAGAGAAAGAGAAAUUAAAAAUAGAACAGCCAGGCUUGACACGUUAGAGGGAGACAAAGCUGAGUUAGAGGGUAUGGAUAAGUCAGGACUGUAUGACUCAAUAGAAAUAUUGAAGAACCAUAUGUUGUCGUUGCAUGCGCACGUGGACAGCCGAUUGGACUUUAUGCAGAACACCCUAGACCAGAUCCUGGACAUUUUGCAAAGGCCAGGAUUUAGGCCACCAGCACAGUCGUCGUUGCCGUUAACGGCGAUGUCUGGCCCCUUUCCCGUACAAGCUGGCACACAACCAAGUGGCACAUCUGCAGCAGUCUCACAGACUGUUGCUUCUUCUUCGGGUCCAGCAGUGGGAGCUACACCACCGCAACAACCUGUUCCUCCACAGGGACAGUCGCAAGGUCUUUGGUAUCAUAAGACCCCUAUGAAACCGCCUCUUGCCUUUUCGAGCGAGAAGAAGGACGAAGAGCUCAACACUUGGUUGAGAACAGUUCCGGUUUGGGUGAAGGCAAAGAGGACUUUGCAGGACGAGGAGGUGAUUACUGUUGCAUCUUACCUCGAGGAUAAGUUUGUCGUGGUUUACCUUGACGACAUUCUGAUCUUUAGUAAGUCUGCCGAGGAGCAUGCACAACACGUUGAGAUUGUACUUUCACUCCUGCGACAACACAAGUAUAAGGUCAACCUAGAGAAGUGUGAGUUUGGGCGCACUAAGAUAUUAUACUUGGGUCAUGAAGUAUCCGCGGAAGGGAUUAGGCCGGAAGAUGCGAAGGUGGCUAGUAUAAGGGACUGGCCACGACCUCAGACUGUUACUGAGGUCAGAUCUUUCCUAGGAAUGUGUGGCUUCUAUAGGAACUUCGUAAAGAACUAUUCUACUGUCGCCUCUUCUUUGACAGAUCUAACUCGACUUGACACGCCAUGGGACUGGAGUGAUGAGUGCGAGGCUGCUUUCAAACGAUUGAAGCAUGCACUCAUGAAUCAUGAGGUUCUUAUUGUUCCCGAUCCUCAAAAGCCAUUCAUAGUGACCACUGACGCAAGCCAAUAUAGCAUUGGCGCAGUGCUGGCUCAGCAGGAUGGGAAGAAGUUGAGACCGAUUGAGUACAUGAGUAAGAAGAUGUCAUCUCAGAAACUGGCAAAGUCCACCUAUGAAAGGGAACUCUAUGCUCUCUACAAGGCACUUGUCCAUUGGAGACAUUUUUUGUUGGGACGGUUCUUCUAUUUGAGGACUGACCAUCAGACACUCAAAUGGAUCAAGACUCAACCGACUCUUUCUAAUGCACUCAAGCGAUGGAUUGAGGUCAUAGAUCAAUAUGACUUCAAGCUUGAGUAUCUGAAGGGAGAGUACAACAAGGUUGCAGAUGCGCUAUCACGCAGGGCAAACUACCUAGGGGCGCUAGUUUCUAACUUUGGUGUAUCGGAAGAAGUAACUCAAUCAUUGGUGGGGGCACAUCAUGCGCAAACUUCAGGCAAAAGACAAGGCCACGAAAAAGAUGUCCGAUUCACAAGUGAGUUGUGGAAGAAGAUUGUGGAACAGAUGGGCAGUCAACUUCAGAUGACUUCAGGGAAUCGACAGGCCGAGCAAAUGAACAGAGUUGUACAUCACUUGUUGAGGCAUUACAUCAAGCCCAGCCAGGAUGAUUGGGAUGAGAAGUUGCCUCUCAUCGCCAGCCUGAACAACAAUGCUGUACACAGCAGUACCGGCGUCAGUCCUAAUCAGCUACACUUGGGAUGGAAGCCUAGAUCAGCUCUAGACUUCCUCCUACCUGAAAACCGAUCCUCUGCAACUCCAGGCACACUUGAGAAUGGUGUGCAGUAUGAUAAGUUGCUGCAGCAAGCUGUCGAGGACAUCAAGAAAGCUCGGCAAGCAAUAAUUGCUUUUGAGAACAAGCAUCGACGACAGUCCUCAUUUCAGGUAGGGGAACGUGUCUGGGUAAAGGAUAGUGAGCUAGGACAGGAAUUCAACAUCUCUCGAAAACUAAUGCCUCAGUAUUUUGGUCCCUGGGAAGUCCUAGAUAUAGUGGGAGAUGAGAUGGAUGGUCCUACCUAUGUUAUCCGUAUCCCUGGACACCUACGCACUUACCCUGUCUUUCAUGCCUCAAAGCUUGCACCUUUCGCUGAGACGGAUCAAUUCCCUUCAAGGAGAUCGAUGCUGCCCCCAACCAUGGAUGGUCAAGUGGACAUCAACGACAUUGUGGAUCACAGAGAUCUGCCUGUUCAGAAGCCAUUGGGUAGAGCAAGACCUCCUAAACCCAAGAGAGAAUAUCGCAUCAGAUUCAGGCAUCAUACGGAUCCAAAAGAAUACCGGUGGUUCACCAGAGAGGAACUGAUUGACACAGCUCCUCAGGUGGUGGCAGAUUAUGAACGGAAGCUAAAAGGGAAGGCUCCUGCGAAGUAAGCAUCUCAGCGGACUUUCGAAGCUAAGGGGGAUGGAAUGUGAGGAUUGAGCCCUCAAGAAGGGGCCUUGCCAUGAUGUACAUGUUCUGGGCUAAGGCCCCAGCAAGCCUCGUGCCCGCCCUAAGUGAAGGCGGGCCAGCAAAUCAACAAGAGCCCUCUG